AUGGAACAUCCAAACAACCUAUUCGAAGAUGAAGAGGAAUCCGAAAUCCCAACCCCUUGUUCACGCCUGAUCACUAACCCCACAGUACAUCUAAUUGAGCCUCCCAUUACCCUCGACCUAACUCUCGGCUUCACCAACACCACAGUAAAGCUUUUCUCGUGCAAUUACUGUAGGCGCAAGUUCUACAGCUCACAGGCAUUGGGAGGGCAUCAGAACGCACACAAACAGGAGAGGAGGAUGGAAAAGAGAGCCAUGACGUUGAAAAUGUUAUCGGAAAGAUAUGCAAGCCUCGCAUGUCUGCCUCUUCAUGGAUCAUCUUUACCUCUUCAUGGAUCUGCAUCUCAGACAUUGGGUAUUGAAGCACAUGUCUCAUUACAUCAAGCGGUUCAAGCCAUUAGAGGUCGAGAAAUCUUUGACCACAGCUAUCUUGGGAUCCCCAUACACAUGGAGGUCGAUGAAGCCAAACCGUUUUGGUAUGAUAGCUUCCAGCAUAUCAUUGAUGUUGGUUGUUCAUCGGCUACACCCGAUCUUACUUUGAAACUUUGA